AUUACAGUUUAGCAGAGAAUCUCAAUUUAUUUUUCUCCUCUCUUUAUGAUUGAUGAUACACGCACAUAUGUAUACAGUUGUAUAUACGUGUCAUCAAUGAUUACAGCUAUACAUACAUACAAAUUGGAGAGUUGAGGCCGCUGGUUCUGCUCUUUUGCUGCUUCCCUCAGGAGGGGUCAUAAAUAUGGCUUCUGAACUUGUUAGUGCGGCAACUAGCGACAAACUUACUGAAAUGGACUGGACCAAGAACAUUGAAAUUUGUGAACUAGUUGCACGUGAUCACAGACAAGCUAAAGAUGUUGUAAAAGCUAUUAAAAAACGCCUGGGAAGCAAAAACUCAAACACUCAACUCUAUGCGGUACUGUUGCUGGAGAUGCUUAUGAAUAAUAUUGGAGAACCUGUACACAAGCAGGUUAUAGACACUGGAGUUCUGCCCAUACUUGUGAAAAUAGUUAAGAAAAAGUCGGACCUUCCUGUUCGGGAAAAGAUUUUUCUGCUAUUAGAUGCAGCUCAGACGUCAGUUGGUGGAGCUACCGGGAGGUUCCCCCAAUAUUAUUCUUCAUAUUAUGAAUUGGUGAGUGCAGGAGUGCAGUUUCCUCAGAGACCUCGUGACACUCCAAAACCUGAUUCUACGUCAAACACGAACGAGAAUAGUGUACCUGGCAAGGAAGUCACUACCCUUCAACGCGUAAGAAAUGUACCAGAAGCACAAUCCCAGAAUGUUUCGGAUUCAAGUAUUCUUCAGAAAGCUGGAACUGCAUUGGAGGUACUAAGGGAUGUCCUUAACACUAUUGAUACCCAGCAUCCUGAGGGAGCAAAGGAUGAGUUUACACUAGAUCUUGUGGAACAGUGUUCGUUUCAAAAGCAGCGAGUAAUGCAUCUGGCAGUUACUUCUCGGGACGAAAAAGUCGUUUCAAGAGCAAUUGAGCUCAAUGAGCAGCUUGAAAGAGUGCUACGACGCCAUGAUGCUCUUCUUGCUGGUAGGACAAUGUCCACAUCAAAUCACAUUAACCAUGAACAAGACGAGGAAGAGGAGGAGGAACAACUCUUUAGACGGAUAAGAAAAGGAAAAGCCUGUAUACGUCCUGAAGACGAAGAUCAGCAGAUAGAACGACCGUGGGAAUUGAUGGGGCGCCCUGUUCCAGGAGAAAUGUUGCAUCGGCCACUCAUACGGCCACUAACCGUGGAGCGUCAACGAGAGCCUAUACCACCAUCAAAUAUGGAGCCCAAGCAAGAACCCGUUAGGCCAUUAACUCUGGAGUUGAAUCAGCCAGCCAACACAGCCAAACCAGCUGUUGCAAUUCCACCACCACCUGCCAAACAUGUCGAGCGAGAGAAGUUCUUCCAGGAGAACAAGGCAGAUGCCUCCACUCUUAACGGCCACAUGAGAGGCGCAGCGGAAGCAUCGAUUUCAGUGACUGACUGA